GCGAUAUGAAGCAGAAGUUUACAAUUCUAUUGGUUACCCUGGUGGUGGCCCUGAUGUUUGAGGCCGUCCUCUCUGAAGAUGGCUCGGGUGGUGAAUCCGGUCCCGAUGGUGGCUAUCACUAUGAACAUCAUGGUGACAAUAGCUAUGGCUAUGGCUGGAGUGACAACAAUGGAGGCGGUGGCAGCUCCUCCGGUUCGGGUGAUCAAAAUGACGGUGGCUUCGAUUGGGGAUGGCUUGGACAAUGGUUCCAUAGAUUUGGCAAACCACAAAAUGAACCAGCUCAUGAAGCUGCUGCUGCACCUGUUCAGGAAUAAUUGAACAAAGGUUUUUUUCAAUCUUUCGAAAAUUUUGAUGUCCUGUAACGAUGUGAAUUUUUUGCCAUGUAGAAUAAAUAUUAGCAAAAAGCGAAA